CCCUUGUUGGUGCUUUUAUUGGAUCUGCCUCUGUCAAAGCGGCGGCGAAGAAUUGGUAGGGUGAGAAAAGGUGUUGAGUUAGUGAGUAAGGGAGGGCAAAGGAGAAAAAGGAAGAGAGGAAAGAGGUGCAUUAAAAAAGCACAAGGUAAAAAUGAAGACAGCAAAGAGAGCCACAAACGAUUAGGAUUUGAUUUCUGCAGACACUGCAUUGUGAAUGAGAAUUAGGCUGGUUUCUUCCUGCACAGAUCGCAGCAUAUUUUAUAUCACAAACUCGCCAUUUUAAUUCAUUGGGGUUCCCCAGGAUCAUUAGAUCUAUUUGCGACAGGCCCGUGGUACCUGUGGGUUGGGGGUGCUCAUCUUCCUCAGAUCAGUGACAGCUUGCCCUCCCCUCCCCAUCUUCCUUCCUCCCUAGUGAUAGUGGGCAGCGGGGAGCAAGGAUCCGCAGCCUGGGUAUGUGUGUCUGUAUAACGCUGCAGGUCUUUCCCUGCGGUCUUCAGGGGGCGGGGAGGGGGAAUCUUCUUGCUGCCAAGAGGAGCGGAGUGUGUGAAUGUAAAUAAGCCUCUUCCUCCUCCUCCGCUGGAAGAUGAUGAGGAGGAGUCCCAGGGUCCCCACGAAGACUUUCUAGCCGUGUAGGGGACACCGAGGAACAUUUGUGCCUUUUGCCCUCUGCCCUCACCCCUAUUAUCCAAUAUAUUUUUUAUUAAAAGGAAACCCAGGAAAAGAAUUGAUCUCAACUUCUAGCUGAGGGGAAAGAAUGAUAUAGUGAGUGCACAGGGCGUGGAAGGCAAGAGGGAAGCAAAAUCAGCUCAGUGCAUCCGUGCCUGUGUAUGUGAUCAUCACUACUGUGCAGCCUUUCACAAGAAUUGAUCCGUGGAUACAAUGUUGCCAUGCUGAUGGUGCGCGAAAAAGUCGAUCAGAGAGGACUGUGUAGUGAGGGAAAUACAAUAAAUCAUACAGAUGUCCCCAUCCUUCUGGAGUUAAUGUUGGAGGAUAACACACCAAAGCCCAUUUCCUGAAGGAAGACAUCACAGUUUAUUCCUAUAAUAAAAAUAUUUUCCCUUCAUAAAUUCUGGUGGUAGAUUAAAAGCAUGACCUGCAGGAGAGAGGCAAGAAAGGGUCGGCAGCAGAAUACAACGCAUCCCCAUUAGGAUUAAUUUGCAGCAAGAAUUGAAUGCACAACAGUGGUUUUAGAUUUGGCAAAAGAGGCAUCAAAGCAUGGGCUGUGCUCCAAGCAUUCACAUCUCUGACAGCAGGGUGGUUUAUCACAGUGGCAAAGAGUCAGAGGAUUCCAACUCUCCACACCAGACCAACACACUGUCUCUGCAACAGCAAGGCAACUCAGUCCCUGGAUUAUUCAUUAAAUCCUCUCACACAUCCACUUAUAAGGUGAGGGCUAAUUCCUCUAAGAAAGACAAGAGGGAGAGCAGCCAGAGCAUGGAGGCAGAGGGUCACACCAGCAGAUCCAGUGUGAAGGCAGCUGUAACAGAAGUGCAGUUUGGUCCAAUGAGACUCCACCAAGAUCAAAUUCAGGUACUUUUAGUAUUUGCCAAAGAAGAUAGCCAGAGUAAUGGAUUUUGUUGGGCAUGUGAAAAAGCGGGCUUUAAGUGUAACAUUGCCAGAACGCCAGAAACCGCACUGGAAAGCUUUUUAGAUAAACAUCAUGAAAUUAUUAUUAUUGAUCAUAGGCAUUCACGAUAUUUUGAUGCAGAAGCUCUAUGCAGGUCCAUCAGAGCUACCAAACCGUCCGAAAAUGCUGUCAUUAUUGCUGUAGUUAGAAGACAAACUGAUCGGGAUGAAGCUUCUAUAAUGCCUCUUAUAUCUGCUGGCUUUACGCGGAGAUAUGUAGAAAACUCCAACAUUAUGGCCUGUUACAAUGAACUUAUUCAGUUAGAAUUUGGAGAAGUACUUGCACAAUUUAAACUAAGGGCUUGUAAUUCACUAUUUACUACUUUAGAGAAAAGUCAAGAAGCCAUUGAAAUUACAAGCGAGGAUCACAUAAUACAGUAUGUGAAUCCUGCCUUUGAAAGCACUAUGGGUUAUCAAAAGGAUGAACUUAUUGGAAAAGAAUUAACUGAAGUGCCUAUUAACGAAAAAAAAUCUGAUUACCUAGAUACUAUUAAUUCUUGCAUCAAAACAGGGAAGGAAUGGGAAGGUGUUUACUAUGCCAAAAAUAAAAAAGGUGAUAAUAUCCAGCAAAAUGUGAAGAUUAUUCCUGUUUUUGGUCAUCGUGGUAAGAUCAGACACUAUGUGUCUAUUAGUCGGCCGUGUAAUGACAACAAUAAGACAGAAAAACAAUGUGAGAGAGUUCAAGCUGAAUCUCAAACAGAUAUCCAGACUUGCAGACACAAGGACAGGCGGAAAGGUUCCCUAGAUGUCAGGUCAACCACAUCCAGAGGAAGUGAUGGUAGCUCACAGAGGCGGCAUUCUUCAAUGGCCAGAAUACAUUCUAUGACUAUUGAAGCCCCCAUAACAAAGGUAAUAAAUAUAAUCAAUGCUGCACAAGAAAAUAGCCCAAUGCCUGUAGCUGAAGCUUUGGACCGAGUUUUGGAGAUCUUGAGAACCACUGAGUUAUAUUCUCCGCAGCUUGGGACAAAGGAUGAAGACCCACACACUAGUGACCUGGUUGGAGGUCUGAUGACAGACGGUUUGCGAAGAUCAUCAGGGAACGAGUACAUCUUCUCAGCAAAACAUGUUCAUCCAGUUUCUGGGCACUUAAUUUCCUCUCUGUCGCUUACCGAUAUCCCACCCCGGAUAGCACAAGCAAUGGAAAACGAAGAAAACUGGGAAUUUAAUAUAUUUGAAUUAGAGGCUGCCACUCAUAAAAGGCCUUUAGUUUAUCUUGGGCUCAAAAUGUUUGCUCGAUUUGGUGUUUGCUCAUUUCUAAGCUGCUCAGAAGCUACCAUGAGGUCUUGGCUGCAUGUUAUUGAAACAAACUACCAUGCGAGCAAUGCCUACCAUAAUUCUACACAUUCUGCUGAUGUCUUACACGCCACUGCGUAUUUCCUUUGUAAAGAAAGGGUGAAGCAAAGUCUGGAUCCAAUCGAUGAAGUUGCUGCUCUUAUUGCUGCGACUGUACAUGAUGUGGAUCACCCAGGGAGGACCAACUCAUUUCUGUGCAAUGGUGGGAGUGACCUGGCCAUUCUCUACAAUGACAUAGCAGUGCUGGAGAGUCAUCAUGCAGCUCUGGCGUUCCAGCUGACCCUGAGAGAUGAUAAGUGCAAUAUAUUCAAAAACAUGGAAAGGAAUGAAUUUCGGACUUUGAGGCAGGCCAUCAUCGACAUGGUUUUAGCAACUGAAAUGACAAAGCACUUUGAGCAUGUAAACAAGUUUGUUAACAGCAUCAAUAAACCAUUAGCAGCACUGGAAGAAAACGGGGGUGGUGUUGCCGAUGAGGAAGCCGUCAAAACUAUUUUGACAUCUCCUGAUAAUCGAAUCCUCAUUAAGAGAAUGCUUAUUAAGUGUGCAGACAUUUCCAAUCCAUGCAGAGCACUCGAUCAAUGCAUUGAAUGGGCAGGCAGAAUAUCAGAGGAGUACUUUGCACAGACUGAUGAAGAAAAACAGCAAGGUUUACCUGUGGUAAUGCCUGUGUUUGACAGAAAUACGUGCAGCAUUCCCAAAUCACAGAUCUCUUUUGUUGAUUAUUUUAUCAGUGAUAUGUUUGAUGCCUGGGAUGCAUUUGCAGAUUUACCGAACUUGAUGCAACAUUUAGAUAAUAACUUCAAAUAUUGGAAAGGACUAGAUGAAAGACAGCUGAAGACAUUGCGACCACCUCCUGAAUAACGGUGGGAGCCCUGUGUGACAUGAAGCAGUCAGUGAUGCUCACCCUCCACUCUCACGGGGCUUGUAUUUAUUUUGGUUGGUACAGCAUUAGCAGACCUGGUUUCUACAUCUUGGAACGCUUAUGUAAUAAGUAUCAUCAGGGCAGACAUUACCUCCAAUACCCUGCAGUAAACGUAAAAAAAGCCUUUCGAGUUGACUUAUCUCUCAAGUUGAAUUACACUGGAUUGCUGCAGUAUCAGUAAUGACGGGUUCUAUGUUCUACAAAACAUUUCGGUUCAUUUUCUUCAUGCCUGUAUGAAAACCUUGAAGAUAUAACCUUGGGGGAAAAGUACUUUCUCCAAGACAUUGCUCAGAUGAAACCUCAAAUUUACAAGUGAAGGAAAAACCAUCUUUUGUGUCUCAGAGCUGUUAAGAGAACACUCUGCUUUUUUUUUAAAGCACUUAGAAUUGUAACAAUCAACACAUUAAAAUGCACUCUUAUGGAGUUUUUGAUCUCUGAAAAAUAGAUUCACUCUAUUUUUUCAUAUCACAUAAGGGGCGAUCAUUCACUUAUGGGCACUACUGAUAGGGAGCUUUCUUAAGUCUAUUUAGUAGCAGUUGUAUAAAGAACACAGAAUAAUUUUUGAACUUGAUCAUUAGCAUAUAUGAUUGAAAUAUGUUUUAUUUAUUUUGUUAGAUGUUCAAUAUUUUCUAUGAAUUUAUAAAAAAAAAAGCCAAAGCCAACCUUUAGAUGCAUUACAAAUUCAAAUGAUUCAUAGUCAUAAUAUACCUUUAUUGAUGUACAGACCUUUUAUUUUCAUAAUGCAAAUACAAAAUUACUAUUCAAUGACGCAUUUGUAUUGCACUGUAAGACUGUGGAUGUUGAACUAUUUUUUUAAUGUUUUUGAUUUAUGUUGAUUUAGAAUGUUUCUUUUAAGGGACGGUCUUGCAGAAAAUACGGUAGCAUGAACUGUGUGCCACUUUUGAGUUAGUUUUGGUGAUGGUCCUCUUUUGUUUGUUUUUUUAGUUGAUUGAACUCUUUGACGUCAGUGGACCUGCAAGAAAUUGCUAUGCAAUGUGUUGGAUGGUCCAUUGGCUACUAAGGGGAAAAAAAUGGGACUUAGUGUAGUUUUCCCAAAUUUUACAGUUGAGUUCCCUAUCAGAAGUCUGCCUUAUUUUAUACAAUAUUUCUACAAUGCAUUCCACUGCAUAGAUGACAGGGGAGGUCAGAAUAUAUUUAAGCAUUUUGUAGCUUCUCUAUUUUAUUUUGCAAGGAGAUUCCUUAACUCCAGUUUGUAAAGGUAUGUACCUUCACAAAUCAAAUAAAACAUUCACAAUAAGCACCAGUAACAAUAAAAUGUAUAUUUUAAUAAUUGUUAA